AUUGUGAUCAUGUGACCACAUAAGCCAAUCAGAACGCUUGUUUGAUGACGCAGCCCAACUCAUUCAGUAGUGGGGAAAUUUGACUCCCAAAGGAAAGUUUGUCAGACCCGAUGGACGCAGUCGCGCUUUUACCUUCUUCUGGAAGCCGCGAAGUGAAAAGCGGCGCUCACGUGUUUUGGACUUGGCUUUUGACUGGUCGGCUUUGCCAAUCGAAGCAUUGUGAGGUUGAGAACUUUGCCUUGACUUGGCCGCCGGACCGAAGAUCCUUCCGACGCGCCCUCAAGUGUAUCAGUCCCAACGCACUUUGCCGAUAAGCGAAUGACUUGGAACUCCGUCGCUGGGUUCACAAGGAUUUGCCGACUCUUGAGUCACCAACCACCGCGACGGGAUUUUCGAUGAGCCCUCCGCCAUACAGGCUCAUGGCUUCUAUCGGGAAAUGAGUCGCUCAUUCCCAGCGCAGUGGCCAUCUUCGAGCCGGGCCACCCGCAAGGACAUUUGGAAGGGCAAAGCCUUGUUGUGCCUGCUGGGCGUCUUGGAGAUGUUUUUGUGCUGACGAGCAUGUUAAUGAGUUGCCGUCUCGCCACCAACGCAAAUCAAGCCGCUAAUUAGGCCAAAGAGUGCUCGUUGGGAGGCGCCUGCAACCAAAAUGGCUCAAAAGGCUCGCCAGCGUGCGUCAGCGGGGCGGGGGGUGACGCCCACCGUUGACCUCCUGUGGCAGAUCGCCUUUAAAAAGGGUCGGCAGGCCGGCGCCGGAGAACGCCGCCGCUGCACCGAGCCGAGCCCAUGACGAUGAAGGCGCUUACGUCUGCGGGCAGCUCCCAGCUGGCCCUCCUCUCCCUUAUGCUUCUGCUGCCGGUCCCCCGCAGCGUGACGCCGCACCCCGGAUGUGGGCCUGAGCCUCCCGCCGUGGGGCUCCUGCGGCUGCCCUCGCCGUCCUUCCGGCUCUCCAACUCCCUGGAGCUCGCUUCUUCUUCUUCCCUCUCCUCAGAGGUAUGGGGGGCCUGGCCGGGAGAAGAGGCGGAGCUCCAGAGGCGGGCGAGAAAAAACGCCAACCAGGGCGGCGACGGCGGCGGCCCACCCGGUGAGGCCCUCACCUCCAUCCUGGGCGGCCUUCAGAGCGUCAGCCGAGAGAAAGGCGGAUUUGGCUUUCGUUUUGGCAGGAACUCCCGGACCCGAGGGCGCGGGCCGCCCUGAUGCUACCCAAUCGGCCACCACCGGGUCUCUCUUCUCCGCUAUUAAAUGCAUGAAACGUCCUCUUGUCCCAAUGAAUAAAGCUGUCAUUGGGAAUCUGGUUUACAGCCCGAUACCACAAA